AUGAAAUACUUUUUUCUCUCUUUGUUUCUUACCUCGCUUGCGUGGUCCCGUCCCCAUCAGUCGGACUGCCGCUGUAGGCCCCAUGAGAGCUGCUGGCCGUCUCCACAAGAGUGGAAUGCGCUCAAUCAAUCUGUCGAAGGAAAUCUGGUCGCCGUGAGGCCCGUUGCAGAUGUCUGUCAUGGCGGACGUGAGAGUGAAGCUUGCGAGUCUGUCUUGGCCCUGUCAACGAAUUCGACUUGGAGAGCUGCCCAGCCCGGAGCGGUUCAAUGGCGGAACUGGGAAUCAUGGCCUGAACGUGACGAAUACUGCUAUAUCGAGACUCUUGACAAGCCCUGUAGGCAAGGCCGCGUUUCGUUAUACUCGACAAUAGUCACCUCCGCGGCCGAUAUCCAGAACAGUGUGCGGUUUGCAAAGAAGCACAAUCUUCGAUUGGCAAUCAAGAACUCCGGACACUGUUACCUUGGCCGAUCGACUGCUCCAGAGUCGAUGCAGAUCCAGACUAGUGGCAUGAAGGAUAUUUUGUUUGUGGAUGAUUUCAUGCCAAAGGGAGCCCCAGAAGGUGGAAGCGAAGGUCCUGCUGUCACUAUUGCAGCUGGUGUCGCCCUCCAGGAGUUGUAUGCUGCACUUGGAAAGAGAGGCAGGAUUGCUGUUGCAGGAGCGGCCCAUACUGUUGGGGCGGCUGGUGGAUAUAUCCAAGGCGGUGGCCAUUCCUUCCUAGGUCCAUGGAAGGGAAUGGCGUCGGACAAUGCGCUUCAAUUCACUGUCGUGACUGCAGAUGUAAGUGAGACCAGAACCUAA